UCUUGUUUUUGAACCUCGCCCUCACAGAGGCCGUUUCUCAUCAUGCCAAGUCAACAGAAGAAAAUCAUUUUUUGCAUGGCUGGAGUGUUAAGCAUUGCAUGUGCCCUCGGAGUUGUGACAGCCUUGGGGACACCAUUGUGGAUCAAAGCCACUAUCCUCUGCAAAACGGGAGCUCUGCUCGUCAAUGCCUCAGGGCAGGAGCUGGACAAGUUUAUGGGUGAAAUGCAGUACGGGCUUUUCCACGGAGAGGGCGUGAGGCAGUGUGGGUUAGGAGCAAGGCCCUUUCGGUUCUCAUUUUUUCCAGAUUUGCUCAAAGCGAUCCCAGUAAGCAUCCACGUCAAUGUCAUUCUCUUCUCUGCCAUCCUUAUUGUGUUAACCAUGGUGGGGACAGCCUUCUUUAUGUACAAUGCUUUUGGAAAACCCUUUGAAACUCUGCAUGGUCCCCUAGGGUUGUACCUUUUGAGCUUCAUUUCAGGCUCCUGUGGCUGUCUUGUCAUGAUAUUGUUUGCCUCUGAAGUGAAAAUCCACCACCUCUCAGAAAAAAUUGCAAAUUAUAAAGAAGGGACUUAUGUCUACAAAACGCAAAGUGAAAAAUAUACCACCUCAUUCUGGAUCGUUUUCAUUUGCUUUUUUGUUCAUUUUCUGAAUGGGCUCCUAAUACGACUUGCUGGAUUUCAGUUCCCGUUCGCAAAAUCUAAAGACACAGAAACAACUAAUGUAGCUGCAGAUCUAAUGUACUGAAAGGCAAACCUUUCUAUAAUUUUACAAGGGAAUAGGCUUGCUUUGGUCA